AUGAACAGACUCCAUUCUGACCUGAGUUUAUUAGUGUGUCCGGAUUUCACGAGCGACCAGCACCAUGCCUCCCAUACACCUUUUGUCUCCACUACAGUCACCAAUGCCCAAGCCGCUGAAUCACUCAAGGUUGUUUGGGUUGCUACCAAUGAUGAUCUGUGCGUCCAGUGGCAACAACAGGUAGUUGAAGAUGAACAUCUUCGAGCUGAACAAGAACAUCUAGCAGGAGAAGAGUCACUGUGCCUCCAACAAGCUCAUCAACUCGAGGAAGAGACAGCAUGUUUGGAUGAGAGGAAGAAGAACAAGUUUAAACACACAGAGAUUCUCAUGCAACCUCGCCCUGACACCAAUGAAGAUGAGGCCUUUGUAUCAGACUUCGCUUUAUGGAAAAUUGACAAGGGCCAAUUCGUUGAGCUAUACUAUUGGACCAAUGACAGUCUAGAUGAGACUCUCGCCCCUCAGAACACUCAGGAUGAUGAGGGUUUGAUACCCUCAGAGCAAAAUGGAGCCACAGUUUGGCUCAGCACAGCAGCCUCCAAACCGUCCAAACAUGUGGUGCCAGAUCAGCUCCUCCUCCCAGCUAAUUUUGCACAAGCUAUUCCACGCAUUGUUGCUGACUUGGAAAAGCAUGACUGGCCUGAACAAUGCAUAUUGAUGCUUGCGCGUUUUUGGGGUGCAAUUAUGACUCACCGAUACUGGAACUCCAACGACAAAAUCACCCAGCAAGUGCUCAUGGUCUACCAAGAAGAACAAUGCAGAUCAUGGCACAAUGCAGUUGCCUUGGGCACUGGUGCUUGGGACCUGUCCAUAAUUAGUGAUGUUGUUCUUGCACGCCUUUUUGACUGUAUCAUGCGUGAAUCUUGUCAUGCAGCCUAUGAUGCUCAGGUACGUUUCACCUGCUUUCAACAUAAGUGA